AUGCCAAGCGCGGAAAUAUCGGACCGGACCACUCCAACGGGAGAGGGCGAGACACACUACAAUCCAGGCGAAGCGGAAAAGGUCGAUGAACUCAGAGAUCCUAAUAUAGUUGAUUGGGAUGGACCAGACGAUCCUGCGAACCCUCUCAACUGGUCUGCCACACGAAAAGCGACCAUGAUUGGAGUCGUCUCAUUCAUCACCUUCUUAUCGCCACUUGCCUCUACCAUCAUUGCUCCAGCGGCAGGGCUUGUGAUGCGAGACUUCCACACGACCAGCUCGAUCUUGGGGUCAUUCAUCACUUCGAUAUACCUCCUCGGAUACGCCUUCGGGCCUCUCGUGCUGGCUCCGGUGUCGGAACUAUACGGCCGCAGCAUUGUGUAUAACGUUUGCAAUGUCGUUUUCCUCGUUUUCAAUGUCGCUUGUGCUAAAGCACCGAACAUGGGAGGUCUGCUCGCGUUUCGCCUCUUCGCGGGCAUUGCUGGAUCAUCUCCUGUCACAAUUGGAGCAGGCUCGAUAGCGGAUAUGAUCGCUGUAGAGAAUAGAGGGCUUGCUAUGACAGGUUGGAUUAUUGGACCCCUUAUUGGCCCAGUGGUCGGUCCAAUCAUUGGCGGCUACCUUGCACCCGCGAAGUCAUGGCGAUGGGUGUUCUGGUUGCUGUCCAUCGUGAGUGGUGCCAUCUGUGUGGUGACGUUUGCCCUCAUGAAAGAGUCGUCAGCCCUCAUCAUCCUGGAGCGCAAAGCGAGGCGUGCCCGCAAGGAAACAGGUAACGACAAACUCAGGUCGAAGCUGCACACGGGGAGAGCAUCGAAAGAACUUUUCAUGCUUGCAAUCCUUCGGCCAACGAAGAUGCUAUUCAUGUCGCCAAUUGUAUUCUUGCUCUCUUUGUACACAUCCUCCAUUUACGCAUAUAUGUACCUCUGUUUCACCACCUUCCCAACCAUCUUCGAACAGCAAUACGGGUUUUCCCCAAGCAGUUCCAGCCUGGCUUAUCUGGGGAUCGGUACCGGGUGCAUCUUUGGGCUGCUCCUGGCUGGUGGUCUUUCUGACCGCAUGCUUAAGGCGUUAACGGUCAAAAACGGCGGCGAGCCGAAACCAGAAUAUCGAUUGCCAUUGAUGAUCAUUGGUGGAAUCUUCGUACCGGUUGGCCUUUUCUGGUACGGAUGGUCGGCGCAGACGAAGACGCACUACAUCGUCCCCAUCAUCGGAACAUCAUUUCUAGGAGGGGGCAUGGUUAUCGCAUAUAUGGCGAGCGCAACUUACAUAAUUGAUGCGUUUAAGACAUAUGCUGCGUCCGCCACUGCAGCUGGCACAGUGCUUCGAUCUCUCCUUGGAGCGCUGUUGCCCCUAGCAGGUCCUCCCAUGUAUUCCGCUCUCGGUGUGGGCUGGGGCACCUCUGUCCUUGGAUUCAUAGCUGUGGGCAUGGUACCCCUCCCGUUCGUUUUCAUUCGGUAUGGAGAAAGAAUUCGAGAGAACAAGCUGUUCAAGGUCGAGUGGUAG